AUGAUUGAAUAUUCCGAAGUAGACUCGGUUUCGACAACAGAUUCUUUUUCGACGGAAUGUUCAAAUCUUAAACAAAAUUUAUGUGAAUUACAAACUGCAAUAAUACGGCAAGCACAAGAUGUUGAAAAUUUUAUUCAACAGCAUGAAAAUUCAUCCGGAAAAUCCAAGUCAUUUAUUAUUCUACAGACACUAUUUAAAUCAUUCAAAACAGAGAUAUCUUUAAAUUUAACACUUCGACAAGAAUUGGUAAAAGCCCGCCAAAAUAAUCAAGAACUUUGCAACGAAAUUGAAAAACAGAAGAAAUUUCAGCGUAAACUAUAUAAAUCCAUAUCAAAAGUUUCAAAUAAAUCACUAUCUUCAGUUGGGCAAAUUAUUGAAUACGUUAAAAACCUUGAGAAUGAAAAAUUACGGGCUAAAGAAUAUAGCGAAACAAUUAAAGUCAUAACUUCUCAAAAUCAAGAUAAGGAAGCUCAAUUAUCUUUAGAUAUAGCUCAUCUCCAAUCCUGUGUAGAGAGAUUGGAAUCAGAAAAGCAGCAACUUUCAUCAAAGAUUCAAUAUAAUACCAUUUAUACUCAAAACAAAGAUAAAAUUAUUGAUGAUCUUCAAAAGAAAAUUAAAGAUUUUGAAACUAAAUAUACUGAAUCAGAAGAAAAGCGACACAAAUGUGAGGAACUUUUGAAAAAAGCUGAAUCUGUGCUGAAAACUGCCACCAAAAAAGCUAAGCAAUACAAGAGUGAACGAGAUAAAAUAAUGAACUACGUUAAUACGCUUGAAGUGAUAGAGAGUAGAUAUAAGAAGAUAUACCAAGAUACUGAACCAAACAAUCAACAAGUUCCACAAAAAGAACAAAUUCAAGAUAGUCCUGAAGAUUUACUUGAUGCUGAUGAUUUGCUUAAUUGUAUUAACUCCCUUCAAGGGGAUAUUGGCUCCCUCAAAAACGAAUUUGAGCAAUUAAAUUGA